GAAGGCAGGGGAGGCGGGGAGAGGAGGAGGCGGAGGCGGAGGCCGGGCCGCGCGGCGGAGUCCGCCUCCCUCCAGUCAGGCAGCAGCUCGCGGGAAGCGCUCGGGUGCUGGCUCGCUGGCUCGCUCGCUCGCGCGUGGAGGCCAUGGCGUGGCCGGAGGCGGCGCGGAGCUUCGUGGGGACCCUCCUGAGGGACUUCCCGAGGCCGCUGGGCCCGGACGACGCGCCGCCCUGGAGCCCGGCGCCGGGCCGCCUGGGGUCCCUCAGCCAGGCCGAAGCGCCGGCGGAGCUGGCCGAGUUGGCCCGGACCUUCUUGGGCAGCAGGUAGGGGCCGGAGAGAGAGAGAGAGAGGCCCCGGGGGGAGCCUGAGGAGGGGCCGCGGGUGGCGGAGCGAGAGGCGGCGCGGCGGGAAGUUGCGCCCGGGGCGAAAACUGGGCGCGGAGUUGGGAGAGCGAAGCUAGGGCUGGGUCUUGCAGAGCGGGCAGGGAGCGGGAGGUGCACACGUGUGUGUGUGUGUGUGUGUGUGUGUGUGUGUGUGUGGAUCGUGGGGUCACUAGUGCAAAGGUGAGGCAGCAGCAUGAGUACAUAUGGAUUGUGGGCUCACGAGUGCAAGGGUGAAAGUGUCUCAAAUGCAUAUGGAUUGUGGAGUCAGUAGUGCAAGGGUGAAAGUGUCUUGAGUGCACAUGGAUUGUGGAGUCAGUAGUGCAAGGGUGAAGGUUUAUUGAGUGCACAUGGAUUGCGGGCUCACAAGUGCAAGGGUGAAAGUGUCUCAAAUGCAUAUGGAUUGUGCAGUCAGUAGUGCAAGGGUGAAGGUGUCUUGAGUGCACAUGGAUUGUGGAGUCAGUAGUGCAAGGGUGAAGGUUUCUUGGGUGCACAUGGAUUGCGGGCUCACAAGUGCAAGGGUGAACGUGUCUCAAAUGCAUAUGGAUUGUGCAGUCAGUAGUGCAAGGGUGAAGGUGUCUUGAGUGCACAUGGAUUGUGGAGUCAAUAGUGCAAGGGUGAGGCAGCGUCAUGAGUGCAUAUGGUUUGUGGAGUCAAUCGUGUGAGUGAGGUUGUGUUUUGAGUGCAAAUGGGCUCCUUGGGGAGGAAGGGGGGGUAUAAAUUCAUUUUAUAAUAAUAAUACGUAGCACAGUCCCCGUGCCAGUGCAUUUUGUGCCCUAGGCAAGGCUAAGUACUUACACGCACACACAAACCCGAUUGAUAACCCCAGUUUUCAAAAACAGAUGUCUUGUGGAAGUGAUAAAAUUCUUCAAAAUAUAACAUAAAGGUAAAAUAAUGUCAGAAAUGUAUAUGAUAUAAUAAAAACUAAUGUAUAUUAAACUUUGCCCCCUGAAGGUCAGUACUGCGCCCCUCUGAAGUCUGCAGCCUAGGCAGUUUGCCUAAUGAUAGCAGCAGCCCUCUAGGUAGGAAGAGUGGACUUACUAAAGUAGGACUAGGGUGCAUGUGUGAGCUCACAUCGUGAAUGCACAGAUAGGAAGGGUUGACUUAUUCAGGCAAGUGUAUAGACUGUGGAGAGCAUCAUCAAUAGUGCAUGUGUGUGGAAGGUGUACUUGGAGGUAUGGAUGAGGUCAAAGGGUGCAUUCUUGGGGUUCCUGAUGCAUGCAGGAGGAAAACAGGAUUUUUAGGGCAUGCAUGUGGGGGAAUUUUAUGAGAGUGUAUGACUGGGGUCAUAGGUGCACAUAUGGGGCAGGUGUGCAAGCAUAUGGAUGAAGCCAUAGGGUGUGCAUGUGGCUGUUAUUAGCGCAUGUGGGAGAAGGAGGGAAUUAUUAGUGAUUAUAUGAAAGAGUGGGGGCAAAUGACUAGUUCCUGCUGGAAGAAACAUGGAAGAGAAGUGAAAGGAGACUGUUUCAAAAAGAAUGGGCCGCCUUGGGAAUUGAACAGUGACUGCUAACGGUACAGGCAAGGCCUACAAAUGGACUGCAGAUCCUAAUGUAAUUGUUUUUAUGGAAAUAAGCAGUUCUGCCCCAGUGGGAGGGAGCCUGGGUAACUCACAGGUGCUGCUUUGAGCACAAGGAGGGCAAGACAUAGUUUUAACAACUACCACUUCUGCAUUUAAUGGAUGGCUGUGGGUUAAACCACAGAGCCUAGGACUUGCCAAUCAGAAGGUCGGCGGUUCGAAUCCCCUCAACGGGGUGAGCUGCCAUUGCUCGGUCACUGCUCCUGCCAACCUAGCAGUUUGAAAGCACAUCAAAGUGCAAGUAGAUAAAUAGGUACCACUCCGGCGGGAAGGUAAACGGCAUUUCUGGGCGCUGCUCUGGUUCGCCAGAAGCGGCUUAGUCAUGCUGGCCACAUGACCCAGAAGCUGUACGCCGGCUCCCUUGGCCAAUAAAGCGAGAUGAGCGCCGCAACCCCAGAGUCGGUCACGACUGGACCUAAUGGUCAGGGGUCCCUUUGCCUUUACCUUAAGUGAACUAGGCAUGAAGUGAACUAGGCAUCUAGUUUUUUCGCUUUUCAACUUAAUUAGAAACAAGGAAUGGAUACCAACUGCAAAUACAGGACUAGACAAACUUGGCGGUUUUGAAGUUUUUAGCCCAUUUUCUAGGGAGUUGGAAAAUUAUCUGAUACAAAGUGAAAAUUAGAUUACUUCACCUAGGAAAUUUAUUGGGGGGGAGUGAAUCAAGAAAACCCACACUGCUGGGUGAACCACAAGCCAAAUUCAUGAGUGCUGCUUCAAGAGGAAUUUGGAGUGGUGUGCCCAACCCAAUAAUUUUUGGACUGUUGACUUCAAAUGUUAUUCUGAAAAUGGCAAACAUUGCUUUUCUACUUAACUCUCAAAGGUAUGAAAUGUAUUCUCGCAUGUACUAAAAUAUGUUGAGAGCUUUGUGUGUGUGCAAAUACCUGCUGUGGUAGCGGUAGGUGGUUUGAACAGAACCGGGGAAGAAUGGGUAGAAAAAGCACCUACCUAUAUUGCCAGAAUUGUGCAAAUGUGAAGCAGUGCCCAUUAUAGAAGAGCCACAAAGCAACAUUUAUUUGGCUUUUGAGAGGUCCGGCUGGGCCACUGUGGAGCUGUUGUGGUUUUGGAGCUCUGUUGUUCAGAUACACAAUUAUUUGCAUUUGAUUGCCACACAUAAUGAAUGAGUGAAUUUAUUAAUACGGUCACAGACCAGCGUCAACACACACAAUAUCACAGAGCAUAAAAAAUAAAAUAAAAUAAAAAUCAGAAAUACAGAGGACAAUACGAGUAUAACAAGGAUUUAAAUAUAAAAAAUUAAAAUUAAUUAUUAGCGUGCCCCCUGUAAUUAACAUUUGGGGGUUUGGUCAUUAUGGGAUACCACUUGCUUCCUGCGAUUAAUUGCAGACGCACAGAAUUUGGCUACAUUUGAUGUAGUCUUGGGAUUCUUGUCCUCUAGCAGUAGUUUUAAACUAUGGUGUUCCGAUUCUUUCCUGGACUUUUGCAAAACAGGUGUAAUAAAAGUCAAACGUAUAUCCUCAUAAAGACGACAACGUAAUAGUACAUGUGAAGCAGUUUCAACUUCCAACGAGCCACAGGGGCAAACCCGUGCUGUGUAUGGUUUACCCUCAAAUCUGCCCCCACACAUAAUAAUAAUAAUAAUAAUAAUAAUUUUUAUUUAUACCCCGCCCUCCCCAGCCAAGGCCGGGCUCAGGGCGGCUAACAAGCAAUAAUAAAAACAUGUUGAAUGAAUGCAACUUAAAAACAAGAUUAAAACAUUAAAAUAUUGAAAGAUUAAAAUAUUAAAAUGCAGCCUCAUCACAGGAGGAGAAAGGAAAAAGAAAGAGGGGGAGGGAAUCAAAUUGGCUCCAAGCCAAAGGCCAGGUGGAACAACUCUUGUCUUACAGGCCCUGCAGAAAGAAAUCAGAUCCUGCAGGGCCCUGGUCUCAUGAGGCAGAGCGUUCCACCAGGCCGGAGCCAGUGUUGAGAAGGCCCUGGCUCUGGUUGAAGCUAAUCUAACUUCUUUAGGGCCCGGGACCUCUAGGGUGCUGCUAUUUAUGGACCUUGAGGCUCUCCGUGGGGCAUACUGGGAGAGGCAGUCCCGUAGGUACGAGGGUCUUAGGAGGAUGCAGCCAUUAGGAAUUUUGGGGCAAAGUGCCAUCAGUACACUGAUGACACACAGCUCUGGUUCUCCAUAGCAUCUGAGUUAGGUGAGGCUGUGUACAAACUGGACCAUUGUCUGGGCACGGAAAUGGAGACUGGGUUGGUAGUUCCUGCGUCCUGGAAACUUGGCCUCUUCUGGAUGGGGUUGCACUCCCUCUGAAAGAACAGGUUCAGCGUUUAGGGUCUCCUGGGUCCAUCUUUGUCACUGAAGCUCAGUUGGCCUGAGUGGCUAGGAGUGCCUUUUACCAGCUACAGAUGGUUUGCCAUCUACGGUCGUUCUGGGACAGGAAUGGUCUGGCCACAGUGAUCCAUUCACUGGUAUCCUCAAGACUCCAUUAUUGAAGUGAGCGCACACUAUGUGGGGCUACUUUUUGGUUCCAGCAGUUGCAAAACACUGCAGCUAGACUGUUGAUGGGGACAGACUCAUAGCUGUCAACGUUUUCCUUUUUUUAAGGGAAAUUCCCUUAUUCCGAAUAGGAUUCCUCGCAAGAAAAGGGAAAAGUUGACAGCUGUGGACAGACUACUGCCAGCACAUAACUCCAUUACUCUAAAGUAUGCACUGGCAGCCCAUAUGCGACUGGGCCUGGUUCAAGUUUCUUGCAUUUAUUUACAAGGCCUUUAACAACUGGGCCCAGAGUACCUCAAGGACUGCCUAAUCUAGUGGUGUCCAAACUUUUUUCAGAGAGGGCCAGAUCUGAUGAAGUGAAGGGCCAUGACCUUUUUUUAGAAUUGAAGUUGUUGAGGUUUUUAGGAUUUUACCACAGGAAAUAAAUUGCCACAAGGACUGAAUUAAACCAACCAGCGGGCUAGGUUAGGCCCCCAAAACGGACUUUGGACAUGCCUGGCCUAAUCCAUUAUAUCCCUGCCCGAUCACUGAGGUCUUUGGGGAAGUCACUAUUAGUGGUCCCCCAUGGCACGGAUGCAGAGCUCAGAUCUACCAGGAGCCAAAUUUUAUGGAAAUCAUUUCCAGUUAAGGUUGGACAGGCCCCCCUCCCUGAAUUUUAAUUUUUAUUUUAAUUCAAAGCAGGCAUUUUAAUUGAAGUUUGAGUUUAUCGUUUCAAUCAAUAUUUAUAUUUGUACAGUGGCACGGUGGUUUAAGAACAGCUUAGUUUAUGAACAACUUGGAUUAAGAACGCUGCAAACCUGGAAGUAGGUGUUUUGGUUUGUGAACUUUGCCUUGGAAGCAGAACAUGUUGAGUGUGUUCCAUUUGUAAUUUGAGGCCCCCGCUGCUAUGGGAAAGCACGCCUUGGUUUAAGAACGCUUUGGUUUAAGAACGGACUUCCGGAACGGAUUAAGUUCAUAAGCCAAAGUACCACUGUAUAGUAUCUUUGUAAAUCAGGCAUAGGCAAACUCGGCCCUCCAGAUGUUUUGGGACUACAACUCCCAUGAUCCCUAGCUAAGAGGACCAGUGGUCAGGGAAUUGUAGUCCCAAAACAUCUGGAGGGCCGAAUUUGCCUAUGCGUGUUGUAAAUGAAUUGGAGACUAGUGUGGUUAAGGAGCAAAUAAAUGGUUGUUGUUUAAAACACAUCCCAGUGCAGAAGAGACAGAGCAAUGUCUUGAUGUUGGGAAGAGGAGAGUGGGGGUUCUUAACUGUGAAUGGAAGAACAAAAUCAUACUAAACUGUAGUAGAGCACCCUGCAAAUUGAUUUCACCUACCAAAUUGUGAUAAAUAAAAGCUUGAUGGCUUAUAAAUAUUGGUCACAAUUUGUUUUUAAAAAUCCUUGGUAGGUUGCACAAUGGUUCCUCUCCUGAGUCAGAAUUAACCAGUUAUCCUAUGUGUGUGUGCGCACAUGUGUGAUUAAAGAGGCACUACAAGGUUUUGCUAUGACUGACAUGGCACUGUGGUCUCACAUUGUCCUUUCCUGCUACUGCCCUGAUUUAUAGCAUUUAUAUUUUUUGUAUGAAAGUUUUGGGUGAAUUUCUGCUGUUGCUGCGUCUGUUGAUCUGUGUUAAGUAUCUAACCACCUUGUUAGUUUUGUUAGCUAGCAAAAUAAGCUAAAAGACUUCAGAUUUUGUACAGUUGCAUAUAUUAUUAUUAUUAUUAUUAUUAUUACUCCCCACUUUUCCCCCUGAUGGAACUGAGGGCAGCUUAUAGAUAAAAAAGAACUGACAAAAACCAUAAGAAAAACAAUCAUUAAAAACAAUUAAACAUUGAUAAAAUUAAAACGAUAUACAUAUAUAAAAUACAUUAAAACCUAAGCAUCAUUAAAUAAGUUUUAUGAAAUGAGAUGAAAGGGAUUUAGAGAGGAUUGUAAAACAGUCAGCUUCUUGUGCAUUAAAAAAUUGUCAGUUUGAAUUAAAAAUUAAACUCUUCUGUUUUCAUAGUGGUGUUUAUUGUUUUACUGUCCUUUUAAGAGAUGCAAAAUGUUCACUCUCAUUUCAUUUUCUCACAUUAGCAAUGGCAGUAAAAUGGUACAAUCAGCUAUAUAAAUAGGGCCAAACUAUACAAGACUAGUUUGGAUCCUUGGAUCUUUUGUAAAUCAAAUUUAUCCGGUCCUUGAUUUUGUUGUAAUGCUGCUAUUUCAGCGUGCUCUUCUGUUUUUGUCUGCUUUUAUUUGUUUUAGAUGAUGGUCUUGUUCCUUUACGGCUCUUUGCUUUUUAAUUGGGGUUGUUAUCUUGUAUUCUGUAUCUUCUCCUGGUAUCUUUACAGGUGAAGAGUAGGUAUAAAUAUUUUAAUAAAUAUUUCGGGACAAAAAAUUUUAAAGCUUGAUGUUGGUUGAAUCUAUUAAUGUCUUUCCAUCUUUUUUUCUUUUCUUUUUUGCAUGGGAUAUGGUAGAAACUUUGAUGCUCUCCUGAGAAUAAGCGCUUUGUGGCCAGGGCCGUUUCUCUUCUACAGUUAAAUACAACUUAUCUACCAUGUUCCCUAUGCUCUUUAAAAGUAAUGUUUGUUGUCUACUAUUAUGGGUUAAACCAGGCUUCCUCAACCUCGGCCCUCCAGAUGUUUUGAGGCUACAAUUCCCAUCAUCCCUGACCACUGGUCCUGCUAGCUAGGGAUCAUGGGAGUUGUAGUCCCAAAACAUCUGGAGGGCCGAGGUUGAGGAAGCCUGGGUUAAACGCAAGCCUUCAAAACUCCCCUAAAUGAAAGGCUUACUUUGUGCUGUCAAAGCAGGGAGAGAUCAGUGAAGAAAAGAGAGGGAGGAAAUAAAUUCUGCUUCCACUAAGGAACAGAGGCAGUUCCGUAACAGGCUGUGUACAGCUAAUUCAUUUCUUUGGGGAAUGCAGGGGAUAGGAAGUCCAGCAUUCUGGUUUCUGUGUGUGGUGGAAAAGGGACCUCAAGACCUUCUGUAAAUAGAGAUGGAACUAUAUAAUUUGACAGGCUAGAUCCUUCCAUUAUUUUCUUAAUUAGUGCAGAGUCUCUUCUGAAACACACAUAAUUAUACAGUUGAAAUAUCAUUGUGUAAACCUAGAGGAGGGGCAGUUAUAGGGACAAAGCUGGAAAAAUCAUAGGUGGCUAUUUUUUUGUAUGGGUGCAUAGGCGCAUAACAAUCUGAAAUAUUAGUUCAUUCAGCCGUUCCAAGGGUGUAGUUCAGGGGUCAGCAAACUCUUCCAGCAGGGGACCGGUCCACUGUCCCUCAGACCUUGUGGGGACUGGACUAUAUUUUGCAAAAAACAAAUGAACAAAUUCCUAUGCCCCACAAAUAACCCAGAGAUGCAUUUUAAAUAAAAGGACACAUUCUACUCAUGUGAAAACACGCUGAUUCCCGGACCGUCUGUGGGCCGGAUUUAGAAGGCAAUUGGGCCAGAUCUGGCCCCCAGGCCUUAGUUUGCCUACCCAUGGUGUAGUCUUUUGCUAUGCAAAAUUUACAGCUUGAGCCUCCUUUUCUGUGUUUCACGUUAGUUAGUUCAGUCAGAGCCUUUAAUUCAAUUGUAACUGCUGAACAAUUUAAAAACAAUCCUGAAAAGGCCUGGGUCAUAUUUGCAAAUGGUGAACACUGUGUUUUCCUUUUUGUUUCUAAAGUUAAUAUUAAAUCAAUAAUACCCCCAUUCUUUCUGGGGUUAGAAAAAGAACGGUAAAAUGUGUGGCUGUGUUUAAUGUAUUCAGAACUAUCUUUGGUCAAAACAUGCUUUGAUGAAGAAUGUUUUCAUUUAACAUUAAGACUGAUUUGUGGCAGUUUGUGAUUUGACAUGUUUCUUUGAAAAUGUUAAUUUUUCAACUAAGGGUAAGCUGUUCAUUGUUAAAUUCUACUAAACACUGGUGUAGUUUGGAUUCAAAACUAUUUAUCUAGCUAAAGCAAAUUUAAAGUCAACUUAAAGGUAAAGGUACCCCUGCCCGUACGGGCCAGUCUUGACAGACUCUAGGGUUGUGCGCUCAUCUCACUCUAGAGGCCGGGAGCCAGCGCUGUCCGCAGACACUUCCGGGUCACGUGGCCAGCGUGACAAGCUGCAUCUGGCGAGCCAGCGCAGCACACGGAACGCCGUUUACCUUCCCGCUGGUAAGCGGUCCCUAUUUAUCUACUUGCACCCGAGGGUGCUUUCGAACUGCUAGGUUGGCAGGCGCUGGGACCGAGCAACGGGAGCGCACCCCGCCGCGAGGAUUCGAACCGCCGACCUUUCAAUCGGCAAGUCCUAGGCGCUGAGGCUUUAACCCACAGCGCCACCCGCGUCCCCCCAAAGUCAACUUAGCCUCUCUCUAUUAAGGAAUGCUUCCUAUUUCAUAUUUAUUAUUCUCCCCGGUGGUGAAUUGUUACUUUGCUUAAAAUAACAAUUUUACCAAGUUUUAACCAUGCAAAUAGGUGAACGUGUGCAAUUUUCUGAAUACUAUUAUUAUUACGGUAAUAGCUCUUUCAAGUUAUGUCUGAAGAACUGUCCUGAAUGCAGACAUGGUUCCACCUUGGUUAUAUUUGUUGCAACUAAGCUGUAGCAUGACAGCUGGAAAAGUAUCUGUUCAGUGGUUCUGAAUUAGCAAUUUUGUGGUUCAGUGUUGGCUGGUAUGUCUGCUUCAAUAAACUCAUUUCUCAAUGGUAGACAAAAUGUUGCUAGAUUGUGCAUUAAAAAUGUGUUUCCCUUAGGACACAGUCCACACUUUAUUUAAAGCAUUUUUGACCUGUUCUUCAACUGGAGUGAGGGAGAAGGAUUUGGAAAUGCUUAAAAUACCAACAAUGAGACCGUCCUUGCCCUCAGGUUUACAGUCUGAAAGACACAGUAUAAAAGGAAAAGAGAUUGGGGAGGGAAGAGGAAAAGAGCAAACCCACUGCUAUGGCCUGACAGAAUGACUGAUCCUAGAUCACUCAUCGGUGCUUAGACAGUCUCUGGCAAGGGAUGCCUCCCACUAGGAUUAGGGAUUGUUUUUGGCCGUGCUUCUCUUCCCAGUCCCCAGCUCUAAGCUAUAUGGGGAGGUGAACCUCCAGAAGUUGGAGAUGGGAGCAGGGGUUUAACUGUGCUUUGGUAGUGCAACAUGAGGUUAGGGAGAAGACCCUGCUCUGUUGUGAUAGAGCAGGGGUCAGCAAACUUACUGCGCCUCAGACCGGUAUCUCCAGCGCUGAUCGCGCGGCGGGCUGGAGGGUGGGGGAGCAUGUGCCCAUACGCGUGCGCAUACGCUAUUUCCAGUGCACUUCUGGGUUGGAGGAGCACCGGAAAUAGCUUGUGCGCAUGUGCACAGGCCUCCUCCGACCCGGAUGUGCACCGGAAAUAGCGCAUGCACAAAUAACGCUUGCGCAUGCGCACAAGCUAUUUCCAGUGCUCCUCCGACCAUGCAGCACAGCGCCGGUAAGAGUGGGGGGUGGCAGCGGGCGGCGGGGGUCACCGUGGGUCGGAUAAACGAGUCCCUCGGGCCUUAUCCGGCCCACAGGCCUUAGUUUGGAGACCUCUGUGAUAGAGGCCAGCUACAAUUUCUGGACCUUGUGAAAACAUCUUGAAAUAAAUAAAUUAAAACCUCUCCCCGCCCGCAAAGUGCAACACUUUGUUAUAAAGCUUGGGCUGUGUUUCAUCUUUCCUGACACUCUUUAUGUUAAUGCAAGAAGGAGCUGAACAGUAGCUGCAUAUUUUGCAUUCCUGCCCUGGAGCUAGUGUUUGUUAGAGAGACUCUGUGAGGCUCAAAAUUACUUAUAUCCCCAAGAUUCCAAAACUGCCAAGACUUUUCCCAACUUUUUUUUAUUCCUUUUCGACCACAAGAAUUCUCAGGGAGGGAGUCUCCAACUCUUCCACCCAACAGAACCUGGCUGUCUGAGACUUUGUGCUCUUGCUGUUUCUGUGGGUAAGAAAUGUAUGUAAUUGGAGUAAAAUUGCUCCUGAGAGCUCCUGGGUUUGAAAGAACAACUGUUAAUGGCUUGACCAGAUUUGUUUUGGCAUUUUACAAGUAUGCUUGAACUGUUGCACUGGGAUGUUCUGCAAAAGGGGACUCACCUGUAGAGCUUUCAUUGAGAAUUUUGGCCAAGAGAUUAAUCUCAUCACACACACCCACCCCAACAAAACCCACCAUCCUUAUAUUGCCCCCAAACCAACAGACUAACAGACAACUAACCAAUUUAUGGUAAUCUCCUAACCUGUUAGCAACUCCUGCCUCAGUGCUUACCCUGGUGAUGGGCAGCCAGUUAUAUUGGCCUGCAACUCCUUUACCAUUAGCCACGCAGGUUUGGGCUGAUGGGAGUUGUAGUCUAACAAGACUGGGAAGACCACGACCAAGUUACCCAUUCCUGGCUUAGAUAAAUACUGACUGAGAUAUUCUAGCUAGCAAUGCAGUUUACACGUCCCCCAAUAAUUCAUUGAACUUGGCAGAGCUUACUUCUGAGUAAGCAUACACACAAUGGUGCAACCCGUUUACUCAUUCCAGGUGUCUGUAGGCUUGGCAGGAUUACUAGGUGGUGAAAGAGAGAAGCAGACUGAACACGCUCGUAAAUUAUUUGCAAGCCAACCCGAAUAUGAUAACGAUAGACCCAAUGUAUGGAUGGGUGCAAAAGACUUGGAAUCAGGGCCCAUAGUUUAAGAAUUCCAGCUCAAAUUAAAUCCUGAAAAUGAUCCUUCUCCUGUUUUGGGAGGUGGGAAUCCUACCAUGUGAACCUAGCGCAGGCUUGUAAAAUAACUUCAAUAGCCUUCCUUCCGUCCUCUUUUUUUACUAGCCUGCUUGGGGCUGGCAGAAAAGGGACAGAGAGCACCAUUCUCCUUGAAGCAGCCCCACUGCUUUUUUGCUAGGUGCAGCGGAGGGGUGGAGAACUCCAGCCUUCAGCUGUGUACACACCAUAUGUUAAAAGUACAUUUAAAGCACAUGGCUUCCCCCAAAGAAUCAUAGUCGUUGUAGUUUACCCCUCGCAGAGUUUCAGUUCCCGGCUCCCUUAACAAACUACAGUUCCCAGGAUUCUUUGAGAGAGGUCACUUGCUUUAAAAAGCGUGCAUAUGCAGCCUUCGCCUGCCAGCCUGCUCAGUCGCCUGCAUGGAAUUGCUUCUCAGCUAUGGCUGUCCGUCUACUGCCUUAAAUGCACGCCUGCCCAGCUAGAGCUUAUUAUAUUAUAUGUUACGUUACCUGGGUGAAGGGCAAACCAUGAGGUAACAGAAUUCUGUUUUAUCACUAGGAAAUAGCAGUUUGCCUUCUGAAAGCACAGAUAUAUUCAUGGCUGCCCCUGCAAAUCUUUCCUCUCCCAUUAAUGGAGCUGCUUCAAAAAAAACAAAAAACAAAACCCCAUCCGUUCAGCAUUAUUCCUUUUGAUGUGCAGUGUGGCAGCCACAUUCCCUACGCUCACCACAAGCAACGGUUGACCAUUUUGUGACCCUUUCCCCUUCUUAUUCCUCCUGCCCCACUAUUUUUGUUUGGUUCUUCUAAAUCUGUGCAUUCUCCCUUUGCAACACUGCUAUGCACUCUUUCUCCUUAUGUGAAAGAAAAUGGCAACCACGAGUCUGUAAGUGGUGAUGUACACAACAUACAUUUAAAGCACCGCUCCCAAAGUGUCUUGGGAACUUUAGUUUGUCAAUGGCACUGGGAAUUGUAGCUCUAUGAGGAAACUACAGUGAUAUCUCAGGUAAAGUACUUAAUUCAUUCCGGAGGUCCGUUCUUAACCUGAAACUGUUCUUAACCUGAAGCACCACUUUAGCUAAUGGGGCCUCCUGCUGCCGCUGCGCCACUGGAGCAUGAUUUCUGUUCUUAUCCUGAAGCAAAGUUCUUAACCUGAAGCACUAUUUCUGGGUUAGCGGAGUAUGUAACCUGAAGCGUAUGUAACCUGAAGCGUAUGUAACCCGAGGUACCACUGUACCAGUUCCCAGGAUUCUUGAGGGGAUGUACUUUAAAUAUACUGUGCGUAUGCAACCAUAGCUUUCUGCAACAAUGCUAUCCAUUUCUCAUGUACUAUCACUAUCACUCUCAUGUACACACUAGUACUGCGACUAGCACAAUUGCUCCUGAAGAAGUGUGCUUGCACACAAAAGUUCAUACCAAUAACUAACUUAGUUGGUCUCUAAGGUGCUACUGGAAGGAAUUUUUUUAUUUUGUUUUGACUAUGGCAGACCAACACGGCUACCUACCUUUAACAAUUGCUCCUGUUAAGAAUAAAACAUGACUUAAUGCUAGGCCAGUUUUUUGGGGGGAAAGGGGUGUUUGUUCACCUAGCUCUCCACUUCGCUUUUUCCAAACAGGAAGCAAAGUAUUGUUCAUGCCAAAAGAUGCAGUUUGUAUCCUGCAGGAAAUUCUGGGAGGGAAGAAGGAUGCUAUUGUUGACAUCAGUUUCCAGCACAGAAUCCAGUUGCUUUGAGAAAAAGAGAAUAACAGGAAGUGCCUCGGAUUAGCUCAUAAUAACUGAAAACAAUCCCCUUGCAAGCAUGCAUAGAAUGGGCAGAAGUCCUUCCAAUGUAAACUGGAUCUUAUAUGUGUGAAUCCUAAAAAUGAAAUACAUAGAUAAGAGUACAGUACAGAAUAGGUUGCUAUGAGUUGUACUACUCUGGGGUGAACCAUGGGUUUGGUUCACUUUUUUUUUUUUGCCACAGCCAAAAAAAGUUAAAAUGUACCAAAAGAUUAUUACUCUUCAUUAUAGAAAUCUGGUGGUAUUUACUUAAUAGGAACAGUGUUGUUACCUUGUAUUUGCAUCAUCCCUUCCUCCAAAUGCUGAACAAAAAACCACCACCAUAAUAAUAAUUUUAUUAUUUAUACCCCACCCAUCUGACUGGGUUGCCCCAGCCAACUGCCCUGCAAAUCAUGAAGAAUAGAUGUGUGAGUCGGAAUCGUAAACGUACUUCAUUUUAGACUUUCAUCAACUGCUUUUCCUUGGCUAUGCAGUCCAUUUCAGUCCCUUUCCUUUCUUUCCAUAACAGGAAUGCACCGCCACUCCUUGCAGCAUCUUUGAUUCAUGCUGCCAUCCACGAUAUUUUGCAGACGGAUCUUAAUGAGUUUAAAAAGCAGAAUGUGGAAGGGGAGGAAGCUGGAGAUCACGAGACGGAGCCCUGUAAGUAUAUUUGCCUCCCAAAGUAAUAUGGGAGUCUGAGCUCAAGGUCAUUACUAUUCAAGUAGAUGUAACUCAACCUCUUUUAUUUUCAUUAAUUUAAAACAUUUUUAUACCACUCUCCAUCAAAAUUGACUCCAGGAUUGUUUACAGUAGUUUAUGCGACAUCCAGGUAAAUUUACAAUUCUUACAAGCAUCAUCAUUGGCACAUUUUUAGUCCGAAAAAGAACAGUAUUGGCACCUUGAGGGCAUUCCACUAAUGGCAUAAUCACAGCCAAAAAGGUUAGCUAACACAGUGCAGUAAUAUAACCAGGAGGUUACCAGAGAAUGGAUGCAAGCUGGUGUUCUUGAUGUUGCUAGAUGGCAGAAUUAGAAAUAGUGCUUUUAUUGUUUUCUGUCGUUUGAGAAUUUCAUUGCACAAGACACGGCACAGCUGCAGAACAAAGAUAGCCCUUGAUGAAAACCAGCAGGUUGUUGCAACAAAGCAAAGGAGAACAGUAAGACAACAUUGAUCAGCAUGACUAGCGGCAUUUGGUCUUUCUGCACCAGCCCAAGGAAUUGUUGGCAUCCUGCUACAAUAUUUUGAAAAAUGGGGACUAUCAAGAUCCAAUUAUCAUGUUAGUUUUUGAUGAUGGCAGUGAAGUUGCUAACCAGGGGAGAUUUGAUUUGAUUUAAAUCAAAUCGAUUUAAAUCACUAUUUAAAUCAAAUCGAUUUAAAUCACUAUUUAAAUCACGGUUUAAAUCACUAAUCAGUAAGACUUGAUUUAAAUCAUUUUUUUUUUACAGAAAGACUCAUUGUUGCUGGUAUAAUCUUAAUAUUUACAACCAGAUGAAGGUUUCAUUUUUGGAAUAAAAUUUUUUCAGUAGUUUUUACAGUUAUAUACUGAUUUGGUUAUACUAUAGUAUUAGAAAUACUUAGACAGAUAAUUAUGAAAUUAUUGUGAGGUUUAAUAAGUUAACUGUUUAUAUUUGGAAAACUUUUCUGCUGUACUUUAUUGGAAGGAGAAAAAUAAUCAUUUCCUUAAUAACAGUUUAAACAAUUUACAGUUAUACCUCGGGUUACAUACGCUUCAGGUUGUGCAUUUUCGGGUUGCACAUGGCGCCGAACCCGUAAGCAGCGGAACAGGUUACUUCCGGGUUUUGGCGCUCGCGCAUGUGCAGAAGUGCUAAAUAGCACUAUGCACAAAAGCGCCGAAUCGUGACCCGCGCACACACAGACGUGGUGCUGCAGGCUGCGAACGUGCCUCCUGCACGGAUCACAUUCGCAACCCGAGUGUCCACUAUAUAUAGCUAAAGCAGUAACAUUAUAGCAUAUGUAUCCAUGUUUGUUAACUGAUGUGGUUAAACUUUUUUUAAAAACAACAACACACACCUUAGAGUUUUAGCACACAUGAAAAACUUAAAACAAAUCCUUAUUUCCUGAUGAGUAGCCUUUGGACUAUAAUUUAACCUAAAUAGAAUACUAUCUUUAGAAAGAUUUUUUUCCUCCAAAAGCAUUUUAUUUUAAAAAUUCCAAUUUAAAUUUAAAAAAUCUGAUUAUUUUUAUUUUAAAAAAAACAUUGAUUUUUGUCCACCCUGUUGCUAACAGCGUUUCAUGUUCAGUCAUGCAAAUGGCAUGUCUCUGCCAUUGAAGAGAAUGGGAUGGUUACUGUAUUUACAGGGAACCCAGUGGAGCCCAGUAGUUCCAAUCCUGUGGGUUGUCACAGUUUCUCAGCCUUGUUUUUCUGUCUGCAGAGUGGGAUUCAGAUGGAUGUAGGGAUUAGAUCCAAACAACCAUGAGCAGAAGUGGGGAACGCCACUAGUGUGGUUCUGUGAACGUUUACACAUUUGCACAGUGCUGUGAUCAGUUGCAGGUGUUCGGCUUAUGCGAGACAUUGCAAAAACUCUUGUCUAAACAGAUUAACCUCCUUAGGUUUGACCUCUCUUUUCUUGCACAGCGCUUUAGGGUAAAACAAUCCUUGGGAAAAACAUAGGAAGCCACAUUAUACCAAAUCUGACCAUUGGCCCAUCUAGCUCAAUAGAUUGGGCUCUCCAGAGUUUAAGGCAGGGGAGAUGUCAGGGAUUUAGCCUGGGACAUUUUGCACGCAAAGCACCAUUGAACCGCUGACUUCCUGUGAGCAGGGAACACCCCCCACAAGCAGAAGGGGAACCUUUGGAUUCAAGCCAGCAGUUUGGGUUUCAUACAGUAAAAAUUGCAAAUCACCUGACAGACUAAAAUGCUAUACACAUGCCUAUUAAUGAUACAUUUCCUGUAAUGUCCCCCAAGAUUUGAUCUUCCUAGUUGGCUUUAAUAUCCUAUUUGGGGGCAGUUAAAUAGAGUGUUGCUUACUGUUGCGGAAGGAUGUGGCUUUAUGUCACGCAAGCGUGAAUGAAAAAGCAAAAACGCCCUUCCUCCUUUUCUUCGCUAGAAUGUGGUGGUGGAUGAAAUUGACAACGAUGCGGCUAAGACUGCCGUGCAGACAUAAACCCACAUGUACCUAAACUGUCUUGAAGCAAUCAUAGCCACUUAUUAUUAUUACUCAGCUCUAUAAUAACCGAGCCUCUCGCUUUCCCUCCUAACCAUUCCUCUCUCCAGCUACUCUUUGUAUCUGUCACCAACAUUACCAUCUGUUCUGUAAGCCGAGCACGAAGCCUUUGAUCCCUCCCUCUUCCCCCUCCUACUCUUAGACUUCUCUGUUCCUUCGGUUUUCAAGGGGAUGCCAGUUCUUGUUUUACAUCACUCAUGCAAAGUUUAUAUCCCACCUUUCCUCCUAGGAGCUUGAGACCACGUGUGUGGUUCUCUCUUCUCCUCUCCUCACCCCAUUUAUAGACAGAACAACCCUGUGAGAUAGAUCCGGCUGAGAGGAAGCAAAUUGCCCAAGGUCACCCACUGAGCUUCCUGACUGAGUAGGGUCCCAGGGACCAGCAAACUUUUUCAGCAGGGGGCUGGUCCACUGUCCCUCAGACCUUGUGGGGGGCCGGACUAUAUUUUGGAAAAGAAAGAAAAAAAACACGAAUUCCUAUGCCCCACAAAUAACCCAGAGAUGCAUUUUAAAUAAAAACACACAUUCUACUCAUGUAAAAACACGCUGGUUCCCAGGCCGGAUUUAGAAGGCGAUUGGGCUGGAUCCGGCCCUCGGGCCUUAGUUUGCCUAUCCAUGGAGUAGGGAGUCGAACUGUGGUUUCACAAAACCCCAUCUCUCUCUCUUCUGCCUGCUUGGGUGUUCAUCCUCCAGUGAAGGAUGUUGUUGAGAAUGUCUGCAGUUUUUCCAGGGUUGUUGCAAAAAACGUUACAGCAAAUUUGGGCUGGGUUGAUUUUUUACUGUUUGGCAAGGUGGCCAGAAUUAUGGCAGACAGCACCCAAAACAUGGAGAAGGAGGCUGGGGAGGUUCCCAGAAAAGUAGAGGGACAUAAAUAGCCCCAGGAGCAGUAGGGAGGUGAGUCAAGGCCAAGGUGCAAGAAUUCAGCAGUGGCUCUGGCUGAACCUUUAAAAAUGCACACUAAAUAUUUUUAAACUGGUGAAACAUGCAACAGAAUCAUGUGUCUGGAUAUGCCCACUGAAACAGGAACAUUUUCAGCAGAAAAAAGAAAAAAACAGUGGUGGCACCUGCCUAAUGUUUAGUUCCAGAAUACAGGUGCUGCCACCUUAAAGGAACAACUCUUUGCAAAUGCAGACUGGGCAUUGCAUGGCACUUGCAGUUCUGUAGCUCCAAGUCGGCACACGUGGGGCAAGGCAAUCCCUUAAGAAAACUGGUCCCAAGUUGUUGCAGGCUUUGUAUACCAAUAGGCUUUUUAUACUCCAUAUACCUUGAGUUCAGCCUGGGAUUGAACUAGCAGCCAGGGCAAAUCUUUGAGCACAGAUGUGAUAUGCAAGGGGACUCUCACUCCUCCUGGCAACCGUUCUGCAGCAUUCUGCACUAACUGCAGUUUCCAGACCAAGAUCGAGAGAUGCCCCAUGUAGAGUGCUUUGGGGAGUACAUAAUGAUGGAGGUGCCCAGCAUUUCUGUGUCUUAACGUUCCCCUCCCAUAGUGCACAUGGCACCUUUCUUGGCUGAAAACUCCAAUCUUGCUCUGGUUUUCUCUGUUUGCUACAACUUUAUUUUCUCCACUCAAAACUCAGUUGCCUUCACAACAAUCCAGUGGUUGUCAGUUUGAUUUUAUUGUUCCUUGUGUUUUAAAUUGUUCUAGACCUUUUUUAUUAUUUGGUUUGUUUUGCUUUUAUCUGUUGAGGGGCAAUAUAUCCAGGUUAUAUGGUGUUCCCUAAUCAGCCAUGAAGUUUACUUGCAGAUUUUGGGUGACUCCCCAUCUCUCAAACUAGCCUACAUCACUGGCCUGUUGUGAGGAUGAAAUAAGAAGGGGGGGCAAGCAUUCCACCCUGAGCUUUUUGGAGAAGGAUGGGAUCUAAAAGUAGUAUAUAAUGCAAUGAUCUUGCCAAAUCCUACGUACAAUUCAGUUCCUCUCCUCAAGCAAUCUGUUGGGUAACUGUUUCCUCUGAAUCAAAGUGAAGUAAUAAGUUGGCUCCAUCUGUUGGGGAUUAUGAAAACUGCAUGUCAUUUAAUGACAGAGAGAGCAACAUAUUGCAUUUACUGUGACUUUAAAGGGUAAAGGGACCCCUGACCAUUAGGUCCAGUCGUGACCGACUCUGGGGUUGCGGCGCUCAUCUCGCUUUAUUGGCCGAGGGAGCCGGCGUACAGCUUCUGGGUCAUGUGGCCAGCAUGACUAAGCCGCUUCUGGUGAACCAAAGCAGCGCACGGAAAUGCCGUUUACCUUCCCGCCGGAGCGGUACCUAUUUAUCUACUUGCACUUUGACGAGCUUCCUCAGUGCUUUCAUUUCUUUUCUGGCCUUGCUCUUUUUCUGAAAAAUUUCUGAAUGGAAGAGUAUAGUCUUAUAUUUGUUUGAUCCCUCAGAUUUGCACAAAACUAGAAAACUGUGCUGAGAUUUUACAGUGGCCAGACUGUGUGCUUCUUGCUUACUUCCUGGGCAGGGAUUCUUAUUUUUUGAAAACAAAGUGCACAUACUCUGUUGGUACUUAACCGGCAUAGUAGAACCAGCAAAUCAGAAGGCAGGAACAAGCUCCCAGCGCCACAAAGCCUGGCUCAGUGUCUCGUAGCAAUUUGUAAGCAGCCAAUAUUAAGCUGGUCAGGUUGGAUGUAAUUGUCCUUUCCCCUGAAAUUCAGAAAUAACUUGAUUACUGGCAAAAAAAAAGGUUCCUCCCAAUAAUGUUCCAUAUAGAAUGAGUUACCAGCAGAAGUUGGUUAAAAAAACACCUAAUUUUUUUUAAAAGGGAGGGGGGCUGAAUGAGCCAUAAAGAUAAAGGUGUCACAUCAAGAGAAGCUUGUUUACAUUUGGCAAACAGCUGUUGGGGAUCCUCAAGCAAGUGAUAAGAUCACAUGGAGAGAAAGUUGGAAAUACUUCUUAACUCCACGCCUCCAAAGCCUGUCACCAAACAGGGCAUAUUUACAAAUCGGCCUGAAACAUGGGAGGCUGCCUAUUGUGUCAGACCAUUGGUCCAUCUGGUUCAGUAUUGUUGACACUAACUGGUAGCAUCUCUCCAGGAUUUCAAAACGGGGUAGAAUCAUAGAAAUGUAGAGUUUGAAGGGACCACAAGGGUCAUUUGGUCCAACCCCCUGCGGUGCAAGAAUCUUUUGUGCAACAUGGGGCUCGAACCCACAACUCCAACUGAGGGUAUUUCCCCUCUCUUUCUGGACGUACCAAGGAUUGAAUCUGGGACUUUAUGCAUGCAUAGAAGAUGCUUUCCUUAUGAGCUGUGGCAACCAGGGAGUUGAGCUGGAUCAAUACAGUGGUACCUUGGGUUACAUACACUUCAAGUUACAUACGCUUCAGGUUACAGACUCUGCUAACCCAGAAAUAGUACCUCGGGUUAAGAACUUUGCUUCAGGAUGAGAACAGAAAUCGUGCUCCGGCGGCGCAGCGGUAGCAGGAGGCCCCAUUAGCUAAAGUGGUGCUUCAGGGUAAGAACAGUUUCAGGUUAAGAACAGACCUGCAGAACGAAUUAAGUACUUAACCCGAGGUACCACUGUAGAUUAUGGCAUAUCAUAGCAAGAAAGGGAUUUUCCCUGUACCUUUUCUUAUCCUAAUGUAACUGCAUGUGGUGAGAUAUUUGUAUGUGCCCCCAAUGAAAAUUAAAGCUUUCUUUUUUCAAAGAAAAUACUAGUUUUCAAACCGCCCUGUUGACAUGUGGGUCCAUGGUUUUCAAUUUCACACAAAUUGUUUCCUGCAGGAAGCUGAAUUGGUAAGGUCCCUGCACAAGGACUGAACCUGUUACCAUCCCUAAAUAUGUGCUUAUUAUUUAAGGUGCGCAUUGCUAUGUUUCCUGCUUUACAGUGCAAAUAUAGUGCAAACUAAGCAUAUUUAUUCUCCAAAGUAAACCCCACUGAAUUCAAUAUGGCUUGUUCUCAUGUAAAUGUGCGUAAAAUGGCAGCCUUAAUGUAUAAAUCUUCGGAAUAGUCCCUCUUGGUUUAGGAAUCAGUGCAAAAAAGCAAUAGUUCUCACUUAGAUCUGCGGUUCUAUAACUAAACAGAAAAGGAAACAGGCUUGCUAUGCCGCAGAAUACCUUUACAGAAGCAAAAUUUGUUUUACAGCAGGAAACGUGUAAUAAAUGGAAUUCACUUUAAUAAAGCCCAUCUGUCACUUCUGCAAAACACCUGAAGUGACAUACAGUAAAAUGGAAAUCCAGCCCCUCCAAGUUAAGCACAGUUUUGUUCUCUUCUAUUAAAACCAGUGGGAAAUACCUGAAAUAACUUGACUGUUGGUGGUUUAUGCCUGAGUUACCAUUGGAUACAGUUGUUAGCCACAUUGUUAUGCAAAGUAUUCUUCCAUCUAGUCUGGGUCACAGUUGCUGUACAAGCAGUUUAGAUUUCGAGAUGCUGUGUUGGUACUGAGGAUGGGACAGAAACGUGACUCAACUUGCCUUUGAAGCCAAAUCUGUCAAAUUUGCAAUUCUUGAAACAAUAUUGAGGACCAAAACACAGCCAUCCUUCAAAAUCCACACUUACUUUAAUUUUGCAGUGCAAUCCUCCAACAGAACAGCAUCUACAAAAAUGCAUAUAUUAGGGUGAAAUGGUCAUAAAAAUGAAUAUAUUAGGUGGGAAUGCACAUAAUAUAUUCAUUUUUAUAUUUUUAUGAAAAUAGCAAGCCAUAAUGCAAUACGGUAGGACAAAUUGCUUGCAAAAAUGUGGUCAAAACUGCAUAAAAAAAUAUGAUUCUUAGAAGAAGUUUGUACUACAGUGCUGAAGAAUUAUCAUUUUUUAAAAAAAUGCAAAUUGCUGCAGAAAUGUCGAGAACUGAAUUUCAGAGUGGGAGAAACGAGAAGCUACGAGAACUAAAAUUGACAGAUCCCUCCAUCUCUACUAGGGACUGCCUGUGUGCUUUUAUCUUUAUCAUCAUGUUGCCUGCUCUACCUGUACUUUUGUAUAUAAAUAUAUUAUUAUUAUUGGCAUUGGUAUUCAAAAUCAAAAGUAACCAUAUCAGUCCGUAAGUUUUAAAAAAAAUAAUCAAAAAUCCAUCAGAUGUCAAGCAAAGCCGGCAGGGAGGAGUAAUGUUGGCUGAUGCUAAAGCCCUGUCGUCUUUUGUUUAGUCAGACUUCAGAUGGAAUGUGGGAGGUGGUGGCAGACAAUUGGACAAGGCUCUGCUAGCAAGGUGCUAGGCAGGUUUCAAGCUGCGCCUAGGAAGAUUGGGUUGUCAGGUAGCAGGGCUGGCCCAAGACAUUUUGGCAUCUGAGGCGAACCACGAAACGCCAAGCCCCUCCCUGCCAGGAAAGAAGGGGUGAGUGAAGAUCUGCAUCAGGAAUGCAAAGGGAAUAAAGAUCUACAGCAGGAUCUGCUGCUGCCCCUGCGGAUCCUGCCGCCUGAGGCCGUCGCCUCACCUUGCCUCAUGGGUGGGCCGGCCAGCCCUGCCUUUCAGGGAGCAGGGGACACAAAAUAAAACAGUAGUUGGUACUAGGAUUAGCUGGCACUCGUGUGAUACUUUUUCCUUUCAUAAUGGAGACAUUGGAUCAAGCACCAGAGGGGGGGGGCAUACCUUAAAAACUUAACGAAAUGCUGAGGAGUUGCUUUAGGGGGCAGCAUAGCUUGCUGACAUUUUUCCAAGUUCUUCUUUUGAAAAGCAUUUAUGGAGUGUUCCAGUGCUGCAGUAUUAACAUAAGUGUGCUCAGCAUCUGAAAACAAAUAUGCACAUAUAUUUUUUAAACAAGCAAGCAAGCAAGCAAACGACAAAUUGGUGCACACUGGUUGGAGGUGGGGAGCGGUUAAUGGUUUCUUAUUGAAUGUGGUGCUAUGAGCGUUAGCCAAAAGGUGCUUAGAUCACAGGCAGAGAACCUGUGGCCCUCCAGGUGUUAUUGGACUGAUGCUCUCAUUAGUCCCAGCCAGCAUUGUCAAUAUUGGUAAGGGAUGAGGAGGAGUUGCAGUCCGGCAACAUGUGGAUGGCCGCAGGUUCUCUGCCUGUGAUCUGAGACAGGAUACAAUAAGGCAAAACGAAUGAGAAGGGAGAAAAGCAAAAUAAACAAGUUCUGGCACCAGCACGUUCAUAUUAAUACGUAACGAAGUUAUGUCCAGUGAAAUGUUUACUUUUAAGGAGGCAGGUCCAGGAGGGGAGAAGGCCAAUGGCAGCUAGUCUCAUCCUGCAGAGGGAACUUGGUUGUCUGUUUUCUCCCUCUGAUACUGUGGUAUUGCCCUGUUCUAAACAACCAACACCUUGGGGAAAUGAACAGCAAGAAGCAAAGUUUUUGUAUCACACAAUUAUAUCAUAAUUUCUUUGUGAAUACAUAAUUUCUUUGUGAAACAUGAGGUUGGAGUGAAAUGCCCACCUCAGGCAGCACAGGUGCAAGAGAUGGCGCUCCACGUACCUCACAGUUUCCGCCGCCACCAGAGUGCCCCCAGGGCAGAGAAGCCAAGCAGCAAUACUUUGUGGAAUGCCCUGACUCUUGCCCCGACUCUGCCAGUGUGGGUGGGGGCAGAAGGCGGCAAUUUCCGUUCUGUCUCAGGUAGCAAAACGGGACGAGCCUUCCCUGUCUCCUACGCUGAGCAACACAACCUUAAAAAGGUAAAGGGUCCCCUGACCAUUAGGUCCAGUCGUGGCCAACUCUGGGGUUGCGGCGCUCAUCUCGCUUUAUUGGCCAAGGGAGCCGGCGUACAGCUUCCGGGUCAUGUGGCCAGCAGGACUAAGCCGCUUCUGGUGAACCAGAGCAGCGCACGGAAAUGCUGUUUGCCUUCCCGCCGGAGUGGUACCUAUUUAUCUACUUGCACUUUGACGUGCUUUCGAACUGCUAGGUUGGCAGGAGGGACCGAGCAACGGGAGCUCACCCCAUUGCGGGGAUUCGAACCGCUGACCUUCUGAUCGGCAAGUCCUAGGCUCUGUGGUUUAACCCACAGCGCCACCCGUGACCCUAACACAGCCGUAAUCAGUCCUUAAUGAGAAGAGUGGAACAGCCUUUAACACCAUUAUGGUUGUUUUAUUAAAAUCGUGCAGUAUCUUAGGUAAGUACAGUGGUACCUCGGGUUAAGUACUUAAUUCGUUCUGGAGGCCCGUUCUUAACCUGAAACUGUUCUUAACCUGAAGCACCACUUUAGCUAAUGGGGCCUCCCACGCCGCCGGAGCACAAUUUCUGUUCUCAUCCUGAAGCAAAGUUCUUAACCCGAGGUACUAUUUCUGGGUUAGCGGAGUCUGUAACCUGAAGCGUAUGUAACCCGAGGUUCCACUGUAAACAGAUGAGAAAAACCUCAAUCAGUGGCAGGUUGAAGGAGAAAGCCAAAUGAUGCAAUGUAAGCCCCCUAAGAUGAAUUCUCUCUCAUUUUAUUUUCAUGAUAGUGCUGGAUGGAGGCCCUUUGCAGCGCUGCUUCUUUAACAAACUCUGGGACGUUUGCUGCAAGUGGCAGAAGCAGCCGCCUCCGCCUCCGAAGCCGCUUCAUCGCUACCUCCAAGUUUCCAUCCAUGCAACCCGUAAUACCCGCCGGAAAAUGGAGGACAGGCAUGUUUCCCUCCCAGAAUUUAAUCAGCUGUUUGGCUUGACGGUACGUUUCUAGGGCUCAGGUGAGAGAACACUGGUGGCGUCAGGACAGAAGUGCAGAGAGCCACUCAGGAGGAAUAAGCUAGGGGCAGAGGAUACAGCAGGGCUGGCAUAGCGCAUUUUGAAAUAAGUGGAUUAAUACAUGUUACCAUCUAAACUUUCAUAAUAAUGCUUCAGAUCAGUCUGUUGGAAAAAGUAGCCUUCCACUGGGGCUUCCGUUUCAACCAUUGUUUAAUGGUCUAUUUUUGAAACCUAUUCCACGAAAGGUAGACUCUCCUUCCUUGGAGGUUUUGAAGCAGGAGUUAGAUGACCAGCUAUCAUCCUGCAUUUCAGGGGGUUGGAUCAAUGACCAUUGGGGUACCUUCCAAAACUACCAAUUCUAUAGAUUCUCUGAAAGAGGGCAGUGCCCCCACAACACCAUUACCUGCAGGAGUGUCUCCACCCCCAUCACUGAGAACCAGCUCCGAGGGUCUUCUCAGUGGUGGCACCCGCCCUGUGGAACGCCCUCCCAUCAGAUGUCAAGGAAAUAAACAACUAUCCAACUUUUAGAAGACAUCUGAAGGCAGUUUUUAAUGUUUGAUGUUUUAUUGGGUUUUUAAUAUUCUGUUGGGAGCCGCCCAGAGUGGCUGGGGAAACCCAGCUAGAUGGGCGGGGUAUAAUAAUAAUAAUAAUAAUAAUAAUAAUAAUAAUAAAGUCCAGGGUUUAAAAUGAUGUAACUGCACAACUGUGAGAGAGACCAGGUACUCACAGAUAUGGAAGGGGCAGAAGUUCAAUUUAAUUCACACUUUUGGAAGCACUACAAGAACCAAAGCACAGAAAAUUUGAACCUUCUCUGAGUUUUACAGUGCAGUUUCCCAUCCAAAUAACGUUCACAAAAUCAUAUAUGCUGGGGUCAAGUGUCAAUGAAGAUGCAUAUAUUAGACAAAAACACUCAAUUUUAGAGGAAAUUGCAAAAAUGUGCAAAUUAGGUAAAGUUGCUGGAAGCUGGAUGAAGAUCACGACAGAGUUCACACCAAGUUCUUUGAGGAAUCUGUUAUAGAAUAGGCAUUGGUUGAGCACACUAAUCUCAAAACUAAGUUAUUGUUCUGACAUAAUAAAUAUAUUAAUCUGAGUCUUGAAAAUCCUUGCUCCACCCCCCACCCCCUGGACUAGUUCUAACUAUGGUGAUUUGGGGAGUGGGGUUCAGGAAAAUUGCUUAAGAGAUGAAAAGGCAGCUCCAGGUACAUGUCCUGUGCAAGACAGUGGGUUGUAGCCAAUGUAGUGCAGCUAAAUGAACGUCAUUUAGUGGUAUACCUGUUCCACUGGCCAAAUGUUUUGCACCAGCAGAAGGUUGCUGCGUAAAAAAAUCCGAAAGCAGGUCGCUGCUGAUUUCAUUUCACAAUAGAUUUGAGCAACCUGUUGCACAGCAAAGUAGCACAUCUGUUGUAUUGGAAUUAUUUAUCCUGGGUCUUGUUGCUGUUUAUGCUCUGGCUUCUAGGUCCCCCGUAUUGGUUAUUUUUCUACUUAUCAUUUAUUUGUUUCAUUAAAAAAUUAUAUGCCUCUUGAGUGUAGAAAAACCUCACAAGAGUUUUAUGGAGCAGGGGGAGAUAUAGCAAUGAAAUUAUCACUGAAAAAAUUAUUCAGCCCAGUAGGGCCAUUCCGGUACAUUCACAGAAGAAGUCACAUGUGGUAAAAAAUUAUCUUUGCCUUCUCUUUGCAUGUCCUUGCCUCUGGAAGGAUGACGUGGACCGGGCGUACUUCGCCGUGUUUGAUGGUCAUGGAGGAAUAGAUGCGGCUAACUAUGCAGCUGCUCACUUGCACGUAAAUGUGGCACAUCACAAAGACCUUCUGAAAAACCCGGUGGAGGCCUUGAGGGAAUCUUUCCAGAAAACAGAUGAAAUGUUCCUUGCUAAAGCCAGGAGAGAGGUGAGUGGAGAGAGGCGAGUACUGCAGUAAUUGUAGAUUGUUGGCUCGCCAGAGGAGUGAGUACAGCGAAGCUGAGUGCUGAGAAAUGUGUCCUCUUGGUAAUUGGCUUUUCUGUAGCGUUGCAGAAAAUCCCAGGUAAAUAAUUUAUUGGUUCACUGAAUAGACUUUUGCCUAAGAAUCAUUGUCCACAAAUCAGAGGAGGUGAAAGGUUUAAUUUAGGCCAACGUUGAUGGAUGUUGGGGUCUUUCCAGAGGGGUAGCCAUUUUUUUUUUAAGCCCAGUAGGUUCAUCUAGGUUACUUUCUGUUCACUGUCACUCAUGGAAGGAUCCAGGAAAUGAUGGGCUGCAGUACAUAUGCCAAGAACUAGGAGAAACUGCAUCUGGGAUUAGGCUGCUGUAGCCGAUUCCUUCUUUCUAAUUCAGGUAAAUUGGGAACCUGAGCUAUAAGCAAGGUAGUUUCUCUUGUUUGAAUGGGAGCAUAGUGUGAGAGAGAUUAAGUAAGGAAACUCGUAUAGCAUUGUAAUGUAGAUUACAAGGUGAUUUGGUGGGCCAGCCAUUCCAAAAUAAUGCUGAAAUGGACAGGUUGCAAAUCAAAGUGAUUUAAAUAGCAAGGGGGGAACUGCUUUUAAAAAACCUGUUUUCCAGCUAUGCAAUUUGUAUACUUUCUGAACAAGCAUGUAUACGAACUGUUUACUUUAAAAAAUCAAAACUGCAUUGGUUUGCAACUAAAUAGAGCACUUUUUAGAACCUUGAAGCAUAAUCCAGACCUCUAAUUGACCUAUUUAGAAACAAGGUGGGCAUUUGCGAAGGUUAAUCAACUACCAUUUGACACUCCCUAUGCACAUAGAGGGACAAUCCCUAAGCACAAUCAUUGAACCACAAAAUGCCCAGAACUUUCCUGAGGCCAGACUGGCAGUUAGUACUAGGGAGCGGGUGGCACUGUGGUCUAAACCACUAAGCCUCUUGGGCUUGCUGAUCGGAAGGUCGGCAGUUCAAAUCCGUGCAACGGGGUGAGUUCCUGUUGCUCUGUCCCAGCUCCUGCCGACCUAGCACUUCGAAAGCAUGCUAAAAAGUGCAAGUAGAUAAAUAGGUACUGCUGUGGCGGGAAGUUAAAUGGCGUUUCCAUGCACUCUGGUUUUCACCACGGUGUUCCGUUGUGCCAGAAGCAGUUUAGUCUUGCUGGCCACAUGACCCAGAAAGCUGUCUGCGGACAAAUGCCAGCUCCCUUGACCUGAAGCGAGAUGAACUCUGCAUCCCAUAGUCACCUUUGACUGAACUUAACCAUCCAGGGGUCGGCUUUAGCUUUUACCUUACUAGGCAGAAUAGUAGCUUUCCUUCCAAAAUAUUUUAUUUUGGGUUUUUUGACAUUCAUCUAUUGACCUAUAUGAAGUGUCCUAUGGGUGGUUCUCACAAAACAGAUCUACAAAGUUAAAACACUAGAAAUAACACGGUCGGUGUGUGUGUGUGUGUGUGUGUGUGUGUGUGUGUGUGUGUGUGUGUGUAUCCCUGUCCAUGAUCUUCACUCUUCUCACUAUACCAGGAUCAGCCACCAAAAAUCUUCUCAUUAAUUACUCCAACCAUUCUCCUCUACUGUCCCCAUGUGGCUAGAAUUCCCUCUCUCUGUCUGUGACGACAGUUCUGUCUUUCCCCAUCUGUACUAUCCAUUUAAAGCAGUGUCGUGCCACUUUAAGCAGUCAUGGCAUCCCCCGAAGAAUCUGCGAACAGUAGGUGCUGAGAGUUGUUCGGAGGCCUUUCUUUGCCUUAGGUAAAGUAAAGGUAAAGGGACCCCUGACCAUUAGGUCCAGUCGUGGCCGACUCUGGGGUUGCGGCGCUCAUCUCGCUUUAUUGGCCGAGGGAGGCAGCGUACAGCUUCCAGGUCAUGUGGCCAGCAUGACUAAGCCGCUUCUGGCGAACCAGAGCAGCGCACGGAAACGCCGUUUACCUUCCCGCCAGAGCGGUACCUAUUUAUCUACUUGCACUUUGACAUGCUUUCGAACUGCUAGGUUGGCAGGAGCUGGGACUGAGCAACGGGAGCUCACCCCUUGCGGGGAUUCGAACCACCAACCUUCUGAUCGGCAAGUCCUAGGCUCUGUGGUUUAACCCACAGCCAGUGGCGUAGCGUGGGUUGUCAGCACCCGGGGCAAGGCAAGUAAUUUGCGCCCCCUAACCCGUGGAUUUUAGCACUCGAGUCGCCCCCCCCCCCCGAUGUUGCGCCCGGUGCGGCCGGCCCCCCCUACACCCCCCACGCUACGCCACUGCCCACAGCGCCACCUGUGUCCCUUUCUCUGCCUUACAGACCUACAAUUCCAAGAGUUCCCUGGAAGAGGGAUUGAUUGCUCAACCGCUCUGGGAAUUCUGCCUUUACCCUCCUUGAUCAGAACACAGGAAAACAGGAACAGCUUUACUGCUUAGUGAGCCGGCACACUUGUUCCAGCUGAAAAGUGCGACAGACUUUGCUUUUUCAAUUAAACCUGAUCGUUCAGAGAGAGGGGCUUGGUAUAUUCCUGAGUGGGCCACCCCCACCCCAACCCCCGCUUGAUGAAUAAAGCCCACAACAUUGUUCUGAGAAUACACUGCAAACCUCUUGUUUGUUUGUUUUAAUAUUUAAUGCUUAUAAUUUAUGUUAAUGCAAGCACUAGAUCUCUCUAUCUGAUUGUACCUUCUCGCGUUGACCACUGCGGUGGCUGAUGGUAAUAGAUGUUUGAAAGCACUUAUUGAACAGGGUAUUACUGCCAGCACUGUAUUGAAUAGAAACAAAUCAAGAUCUUUAGGAGCAUCUUCUGUUGCAAUAGUUUUUGAAUACAUGAGUGGUGUCGGAUGAUACAGGUAAUUUGGAACCUUUCCGGUCUGGGUUUAGGCUCAAAAUUGGGGCAAAAACAGCCUUGGUUGCCCUGAUUAGUGCCUUACACUGGGGAAGGACUGGGUGUCCACAAAUCAGAGGAGGUGAAAGGUUUAAUUUAGGCCAACGUUGAUGAAUGUUGGGGUCUUUCUGGAUCUCUCAACAGCUUUUGAUUUCAUUGACCAUGCUGUCCCUCUGGAUCGGUUGUCUGGGAUGGGACUCCUCAGAGGAGCAGCGUUAACAGUGGCUGCAUUCCUUCUUGAAUAACCAAUCUCAGAAGAUGGUAGCAAAACAUUUAUCGGCCUACAGCAUGUCUCAGAGUUCUGUUCUUCCCUCGCGCCCCCCCCCCCAUGCUUGUUGUCAUCUACAUGAAACUGCUGGGAGAAGUCAUCUGGAGUACGCAAUAACUCUCCCAGCACUCUGGGAGAAGUCACCUAGAGUCAUCCAGGCACACAGUAACUACAGUGGUGCCCCGCAAGACGAAUGACUCGCUAGACGAAAGGGUUUUGCGUUUUUUGAGUCGCUUCACAAGACAAAUUUCCCUAUGGGCUUGCUUCACAAGAUGAAACGUCUUGCGAGUUCUUGCGAGUUUGUUUCCUUUUUCUUAAAGCUGCUAAGCCGUUAAAGCCGCUAAUAGCCGCUAAGCCGCUAGUAGCUUCGCAAGAUGAAAAAACCGCAAGACGAAGAGACUCGCGGAACGGAUUAAUUUCGUCUUGCGAGGCACCACUGUAGUUGCAUUUUAUUUCUUGACAUGUUUUGAACAACCGGAUAGAAGUCAUCACAACAAUAGCAACAAAAGGCUAGUGUGCAUUCACUCUAAUGCUUUUUACAUCGCUAACAGAGUUUCUAUGAUCUUUGAUGCACGGUUAAAUAAUGAGCACCAAUUCUCCCCACACAGUUACAUUUCAUCCUUUUAAAGGCUCUUUAUAACAUUCCCUCCCCCUUCUCUCUCUCUCUCUCUCUCUCCAAACUAUACAGAAGCUGCGCAACGGUAGCACAGGUGUGGCUGCCUUGAUUGUUGGGAACAAGUUACAUAUAGCUUGGCUUGGCGACUCACAGGUAAUGCUAGUCCAGCAAGGGAAAGCUAUAACCCUGAUGGAACCUCACAAGCCAGAGAGAGAGGUAACUACUGCUUCUUUGAGUUUACCCCACAAAGCUCUUGGCCUCUUGUGUAUGUACACCAGUGUGGUGUAGUGGUUAUGAGCGGUGGACUCGUAAUCUGGUGAACCGGGUUCGCAUCUCCGCUCCUCCACAUGCAGCUGCUGGGUGACCUUGGGCUAGUCACACUUCUCUGAAGUCUCUCAGCCUCACUCACCUCACAGAGUGUUUGUUGUGGGCGAGGAAGGGAAAGGAGAUAGCCCUAAACGGCCUCGGCCCGGUAUACCUGAGGGAGCAUCCCCACCUCCAUCAUUCUGCCCAGGCACUGAGGUCCAGCUCCAAGGGCCUUCUGGCGGUUUCCUCACUGCGAGAAGUGAGGCUACAGGGAACCCUCCCAUCAGAUGUCCCACCUGAUGUUUAGAAGACAUCUGAAGGCAGCCCUGUUUAGGGAAGUUUUUAAUGUUUGAUGUUUUAUCGUGUUUUUAAUAUUGUGUUGGGAGCCACCCAGAGUAGCUGGGGAGGCCUGGCUAGAUGGGCAGGGUAUAAGUAAUAAAUUAUCAUCAUCAUCACCAUCAUCAUCAUUCCCUCUAAAUCCAAACAUACCAGUUAUUUUGUAAGUUAAAAGGGACCACGCCAAAAUAAGAGUGAGAUUAAUAAUAGUGAGAUUAAUAAUAAUGGAUUGGAUGAGAGCCAAUAAUCUGAAGCUCAUUCCAGGUAAGACUUAAGGUACUGUUAGUGGGCAGUUUCCUAGGCUGGAUGGAUGGAAGAUUGCAUGCUCUUGUUAAGGUUACACUCCCUCUGAAAAAGGAGAUCUGCAGCCUGGGGUUACUUCUGGAUCCAUUGCUGUUGCUUGAGGCUCAGGUGGACUCAGUGGCAUAGAGUGCCUUCCAUUAACUUUGGUUGGUGACCCAGUUGCAGCCGUAUCUGGAUAGGGAUAGCCUAACUGAUGUCAUCUAUGCUGUGGUAACCUCUAAGUUAGAUUACUGCAACAUGUUGUAUGUGGGGCUGCCCGUGAAGACUGUUCGGAAACUUCAGCUGGUGCAGAAUUAAGUGGACAGGGUUAUCGUUAUAAUACUAUGGUAUUAUAUUGCAGCCAGCCUGUGAUCCUACGAUGAAGGACGGUACAGUGGUACCUCGGGUUAAGUACUUAAUUCGUUCUGGAAGUCCGUGCUUAACCUGAAACUGUUCUUAACCUGAAGCACCACUUUAGUUAAUGGGGCCUCCUGCUGCCGCCGUGCUGCCGGAGCCCAAUUUCUGUUCUUAUCCUGAAGCAAAGUUCUUAACCUGAAGCACUAUUUCUGGCUUCGUGGAGUGUGUAACCUGAAGCGUAUGUAACCCGAGGUACCACUGUAUAGAAAUUUAAUAAGUAAUAAAAUAGCAUACAAAUUUAAAAGAAGUUUUUAGCGGAAGCUGAUCUGCAGUAGAAUGGAAACAGGGCUGAUUGCAAUGAACACAGGGCAGGAUAGAAAUUGCUGCCUCCUUACAUCCCUAGACUGGUUGGUACUGUGCUUCCUAUGCCUGUCACACCUACACCUAUAGAUUUAGUGAGCUUUUGUUGUUGUUGUUUAUUUAGGAUGAGAGACAACGCAUAGAAGCCUUAGGAGGUUGCCUUAUCUACAUGGACUGCUGGCGUGUCAAUGGAACCCUGGCUGUUUCCAGAGCUAUCGGUAAGCCAUGUCCUUGAAGAACAUCAGCCCUAAUGUGUUCAUUUACCAUAUUUAGCUCUAAUGAAAUAUUGUCAGCAUGUAAGUGUGAUGGGGCGGCUGUUGUUUGUUCUACCGCCAUUCACAACUUUGCGUUCUGCAUCAGUUUGGGAGUUAUUUCAAAGCACAGCCUUGACAGCUAGAAACUUCACAAGUAGCACACACACACACAGGGAAUAGUUUGAUACUGCAAGGCUUUUGUGGAAAUCUGUAACGAACAAGACAAAAGCAGCCAUAUCCUAACUGCACAAGGCCAUUUGGGGUUUUUUUUCUUACCAACAGACACUGCAGCAUUUUUCUAACCUUGGACUGAAUUGCUGCCGUUAUUGCACCUACAUUAAUAAUUGUUCCAUGUGGUACAUUGCCAUAGUAACACAAACCUGACAGUGCACACUGCUCUUCCAGCUCCUUCCUCGAAGCAUCUGUAAAACUAUUUUAUGAUUAUAGUUGUGCCUCCUGAAAUGGCCCAAUCAUGCACUCCUAUUGAGAAGUCAUGGAUCGUUUCCCCUCUUCACUCGAUAACUUUUGGCAAAAUGCUGGGGGGGGGAGCAUUUUUAGGGCCAAAUGUAAUAUAAAAAUGUUUUUUUAAAAAAAUAAAUAAAUAUCCUAGGUCAAUUUUUUAUAAAUGUUGAUUAUCAUGCUGAGUGCUGCCUGUUUCUGCCAUGUGAACUGCCUCCUUCCGUGAGUCGUCUGAAAGCCCUGCUCUGUGCUCCUGGGAAUAAGACUACAGUGGUAAAGGUAAAGGUAAAGGGACGCCCACCAUUAGGUCCAGUCGUGACCGACUCUGGGGUUGCGGCGUUCAUCUCGCUUUAUUGGCCGAGGGAGCCGUCAUGUGGCCAGCAUGACUAAGCCGCUUCUGGUGAACCAGAGCAGUGCACGGAAACGCCGUUUACCUUCCCGCCAGAGCGGUACCUAUUUAUCUACUUGCACUUUGAUGUGCUUUUGAACUGCUAGGUUGGCAGGAGCAGGGACCGAGCAACGGGAGCUCACCCCGUCGCGGGGAUUUGAACCGCCAACCUUCUGGUCGGCAAGUCCUAGGCUCUGUGGUUUAACCCACAGCGCCACCCGCGUCCCAAGACUACAGUGGUACCUCAUGUUAAGUACUUAAUUCGUUCUGGAGGUCCGUUCUUAACCUGAAACUGUUCUUAACCUGAAGCACCACUUUAGCUAAUGGGGCUUCCUGCUGCUACCGCGCCGCCGGAGCACGAUUUCUGUUCUCAUCCAGAAGCAAAGUUCUUAACCCGAGGUAAUAUUUCUGGGUUAGGGGAGUCUGUAACCUGAAGCAUAUGUAACCUGAAGCAUCUAUAACCCAAGGUACCACUGUACAUGUGAAGCAGCAGGCACCACAGUUUUGGCAUGGUCUCCCAAAAGUGACCCGCAAUUAGGGCUGGGUGGUAUCUGGUUUUCAACAUUGUGGUAUAUAUCACCCUACUCAAUAUCACGAUACAUCACGAUGUCUGAAAUCGGGAUGGAACUAUGUAGAGAGGCAUUGGCUGGCUUCACAGUUUUCCCCACAUUGUUAGUUUUGCAUAGCACACACACAUUAGGGCUGGGCAAUGUAGCGAUAUAGAAUCAAAAAACUGGUUUGAAGUCCAUAUCAUGGUAACGGUUUCAUAACAUUCAACAUGGUGAUAUGUGUGUGUGUGUGUGUGUGUGUGUGUGUAUCGAUAUAUAGAUAUAUAUGAUGAGGGGGAAACCGUGAAGCCAAUCAUCACUUCUCUUGUGAUUCCCUAUUGCUCUGUACUAUAAAAUAACAGUUGCAACAAUCUGUUAUAGGUACAGUAAAAUCGUAUCAGUUUUAGAUCCCUAAGUAGUAGUUUCUGGGACAUUAACCCGUUCACUUUCACAUGAUUAUGUCCUUAUUUCAGACAUCAUAGUAUAUUGGUAUAUCAGAAUGUUUAGCUUGGUGAUAUGUCACUCUGUUGGAAGCCAACCCUAACACACAUCAUGAUUCACGAUAUAUUGCCAGGUAAAAAAUUAUGAAACUGAUAUCACGAUAUCGACUUCAAACUGGUUUGGGGCGAUAUAUCACCCAGCCCUCCCCACCGUGCUCUAAUUAUAUAUUAUAUAUGAGAGCCAGUGUGGUGUAGUGGUUAAGAGCGGUAGCCUUGUAAUCUGGUGAACCAGGUUCGAUUCCCCGCUCCUCCACAUGCAGCUGCUGGGUGACCUUGGGCCAGUCACACUUCUCUGAAGUCUCUCAGCCUCACUCACCUCACAGUGUGUUUGUUGUGGGGGAGGAAGGGAAAGGAGCAUGUUAGCCACUUUGAGACUCCUUAAAGGGAGUGAAAGGCGGGAUAUCAAAUCCAAACUCUUCUUCUCUUCUUCUAUUUUAUUUUUACAUUUAUAUCCCACUUUUUCCUCCAUGGAACUGAGGGUGUCAUCCAUGGUUCUCCCCCUCCCCAUUUUACCCUCACAACAACCCUGUGAAGUAGUCAUCUCGUGGUCAGCUUCGUGGCUGAGUGGGGAUUUGAACCCUAGCUUCCCAGCUCCUAGUCUGACACUCUAACCCAGGGGUCAGCAAACUUUUUCAUCAGGGGUCCGGUCCACUGUCCCUCAGACCUUGUGGGGGGCUGGACUAUAUUGGGGGGGGGGGAAAUGCCCAACAAAUAACCCAGAGAUGCAUUUUAAAUAAAACACACAUUCUACUAAUGUAAAAACAGCAGGCAGGCCGUACAAAUAACCCAGAGAUUCGUUUUAAAUAAAAGGACACAUUCUGCUCAUCAAAAAUCACCAGGCAGGCCCCACAAAUAACCCAGAGAUGCAUUUUAAAUAAAAACACACAUUCUGCUCAUGAAAAAUCACCAGGCAGGCCCCACAAAUAACCCAGAGGUGCGUUUUAAAUAAAAACACACAUUCUACUCGUGUAAAAACACGCUGAUUCCUAGACUGUCCACGGGCCAGAUUGAGAAGGGGAUUGGGCCUGAUCCGGCCCCCAGGGCUUAGUUUGCCUACCCAUGCCUAACCACUAAACUACACUGCACUGAUCUUUCUUUGUCAUCCAACUAACACACCUUUCUCUAAACUUUAGGGCAGAAGUCCUUUUUUACUUUUCUCUUCAAUUGUAGGAUGUGUCUUUACUAAGAUUACGAUGGGGUGGGGUGGGACAUGAUGGCAUUGCUGGGGGUUGGACUAGAUGAUCCUUGGGGUUACUUUCCAACCCUGCAAUUUUAUGAUUCUAAGCAGCAAAGUACCAAAGCUUCCAAGAAAAACAAAAAAAUCCAGAAGGGGAAACAAACCAGAGGCAUUUCCAAAUUAAUUCAUAGAAGCGUUCCUUAAUUUUGAUUAACUGCUUUUACAAGUAGUUGCAUAUUUUACGUGUUUAACCUUCUUGUGGGGGUUGGGGGACAGAAAGGCAAAAUAAUGGGUUUUAACAUUUAAAAUAAUUCUAUAUGCACGUGGGUGUGUUUGUUUCAUCAGUAGCUCACUGGUGAAAAUCUACUCCCUUGCCAGUAUUAGACAUUAGACAUGACGCUGCCUACAGCAAAGCAAGACUCAGAGUUUUCAGACUCCAACUGUGUGUGAAGAGGAAGAACCAUUUGCUGCAACAUUCAUAUCACUGCAUUGAGAAGAGCCCUGGAAAACAGAAUAAUGAGCUGGAGGACUGCAGCCGCAUUCUGGGGCUCAUUUAAGACACCAUGCCAAACCACGGCUAAGGAAGCUUUGCGUGAACUGACAACGCCUGGUUUGCAAUACCAAAGUUGGAACCUAUGGUUUGACACAGAUUUGCAAACCAUGGUUAGUGCUAAGUUUGGCUUGGCGCGAUUCCUGAAUUAAGAAUGCAUAGUUACUGCUGUUGCUCUGCCUUCGAAGCUGCUGCACCAUGGAGACGAGAGAGAGCUUAGGAGCUUAUGAAACAGUGUGCCGAGAGGAGGGAAAACAAAAUCAGACAAGCAGUUCUAAUCCACAGUUUGCAUCUUCAGGAGCUUCAACAACGGCUGGGAUUCUAAACUGUAGUUGUCGCAAAUUAUGGUUCUCCCAUAAUUCGGAGAUAGGGAGGCAUUUGACAGUGAGGUAGGGGAACCAGGAAGGCGGGGCUUAAAGUCUCUUCCUGUUAGACUGGGGGUUGGUCAGAAGUUCCCAUCCGUCUUACUGCCUGACACAAGGAAGGCUGUUGGAAGUGGGGAGUCAGAGGCGUCCAGACUCUCUUUUUAAGUAAAGAAAAACAAAGAAAACGGCACAAAAAUAUUGAUCCUCAUUCUCCCUGCACCAUCUUGGCUGACGUUGUUCAUUACAGGAACUCCUUCAAGACAUGCUGUGUUCCUAUGCUUCUCUCCCCCCACCCCAAAAGGAGUUACAUUAAAGCAAAUGUAAAUCAAGGCAAAAUCUGCAAGUUCCUGCUUAGGCAGAACAUUUGAGGAUUUCAAGGGAAGCUUUUUUUAAAAAAGAAAAAAGAAAAUAAAACCCUUUGGGAAGAUCAACAAGAUUUUUCACUUAUCCAUUGAAAACCUUCAGUUCUAGCCCUGUAGUCCUGGUUCACCACCUGCCUGCAAUGGGAUUUUUGAAGACCUUUACAGCAACAAUUUCUUCCCCAAGAGGCCUGUGGGUGGAUGCCUGUGGCAUGACGGGUGCAUGCAAAUGUACGCACGCUCUUUUUUUCAUGCACCACAUUUGAUCACACACAGAGACAGACAACUCUUUCAAAGCAAUGACUGCACUUGCGAUAGACAGCCAAACCCCUGCUUUCCAGUGCCUUCUCUGCUGGGGAAGAGCAGAGCAGACUUCUUUCCAUCCUAGCAAGGAUAAAUUAUGCUUCUUCCAGUCCAUUACCUGUUUGGUGUGCUAAGGAGAAGGUUUGAAUGGAGAGAUAGAUGCACGAAGAUGACUCUCCCUAUCUGACUAAAGGUAAAGGUAGAAGGACCCCUGACUGUUAGGUCCAGUUGCGGAUGACUCUGGGGUUGUGGCGCUCAUCUCGCUUUAUUGGCCGAGGGAACCGGUGUACAGCUUCCGGGUCAUGUGGCCAGCAUGACCAGGUCAUGUGCCAGCAUGGUGAACCAGAGCAGUGCACAGAAACGCCAUUUACCUUUCUGCCGGAGCGGUACCUAUUUAUCUACUUGCACUUUGACAUGCUUUCAAACUGCUAGGUUGGCAGGAGCAGGGACUGAGCAACGGGAGCUCACCCUGUCGCGGGGAUUCGAACCACCGCCUUAUCUGACUACCUUCCCAUUAAAAUAGAGAAGUGCAGAGAAGUGCCCUUCAUUGGAUCAGAAGUGCUAGCAGACCUGGGGUGGGGCGGGGUGGGAAGAUUAACACACACACACCCCGCCAGCUUCUUAUUUGUUUGAAUGAUUUUUAAUUCUGCUUCAUCUUCGUGUGGUUUUUAACUUUAUGAGUACACCACUCAGCAAUUCUGAAUAUUAAGUAGUAUACAGAUACCUGGAAUGAAAUAAAUAUACACAAGAUCACUGUCCCUGCACUGCAGUUUGCAAUGUUUUCUCCUCAGCUGUGGGAAGGCCUUGUCAGGUUGCAAAGGUUGGCUUGGCAUGCAGAUCACCCACCCUUGGUUUAAAGCAGGCAUGUAUAAAAGUCUGUCUUGGGGGCCAACAACAUUGGUCAGCCCUCACGCCUGUUCAUUUCAUCAAAUCUGGCCCUCUUUGAAAAAAGUUUGGGCACCCCUGGUUUAGAGCAAUGUUUCCCAAACUUGUGUCUCCAGCCGUUUUUGGACUGCAUUUCCCAUAAUCCUUGACCACUGGCCCUGCUAGUUAGGGUUGAUGGGAGUUGUAGUCCAACAGCAGUUGGAAACCCAAGUUUGGGAAACCCUGAUUUAGAGCUUCGCCUUAAACAGAGGCAAAGGUUGACGGCUCAGAAAAGGGAAUGGGGCAGUUGGGAUUUUGUACCUCGUAUGGUAAUUUACUUCCUUCUCUCCUGCUUGCUUUUUCAGGCGACCCACUCCAAAAGCCUUAUAUCUCUGGCUGUGCAGAUAGUGCAUCGUUUGAGCUAACUGGUGCCGAUGAUUAUGUGCUUCUCGCUUGCGACGGAUUCUUUGACACCAUCCAGCCAUUUGAGGUGGUGGACCAUGUUCUAGAGCACUUAAUGCAAAACAAAGGGGACGGCCUCAAGACUGCGGAGAGGCUGGUGGCGGCCGCAAAGGAAAGUGGAUCCAGUGACAACAUCACUGUCCUGGUGGUGUUUCUAAGGGAGCCCAAAGACAUCAUGUCUGACUGCCUCAGAGACCCUAGAAGCUGCUCUGCUGACGACUGCACAGGGAACCAGCUCCUUAACUUUUUCAGCUCCGAGAAGAACCAUUGAAAUGGAAGAUGAAAGGGUGACUAUCAAAUCCAUUUAAAGCACAACAUCCAAACGUAAGCAAAUUCAAAUAGGGAUGGGAAUCCUUUUACCACUGGAAAAUGAAAGCUAUUGUGUGGCAGACAAGAUUCAAGAACUUAAGUAUUUCAAAACCCAGGGUUGUCUUCAACUAAGCUGCUCAAGAGUAGGCCCUUUAGAAAUCAGUGGACCUAAACUAGUCAUGCCUAUGGAUUUCAAUGGGUCUGGUCUAUGGUUCUUCCAUAACUCCGGCCAGUGUCUGGAUAGUACCAUUUUAGAUUGCAGGUUCAGGGAAUGCAUAACUGAAUGUCCCUUUGUGCAAAAAAGAAAAAAAUAUUUUAAAAAUCCAACAGCCCUCUUAGGUGCAGCCAAACUAUACCCGAGUGAAGGCUUCUAACCUUGCUUCUCUCUGGCUGCAUUUGAUCACAAUGGUAAACCACAGUUUGAAAUAAGACAUGGAUUCACAUCCAUGAGUUCUUUCUGGACUGCGCUUUGCAGAGGAGAAAACGAAGCCAGAGUUUGACUUGAUGUGACCUGGUUUGUCUCCUCCAAACAAACCAUGAGCAGUAAGUCAGAACCAACAUCGGCUAAUGGUUUGUGUAGAGGAAAUGAACUGUAAGGCUCGGUUCAUGUGACUUGUUUCCUCUUGUGCAUGACGCAGGAGCAGGGAAAUUUAAAAAGGCUUGUAUACCACAAAGAAACGAUAGUUCAUUUUAAAUGUUUUUAUUUUAAUGUUGAGUGCGGACUAGGUCUCUGACACAACAGUAUUCUGUGUGGAGGGUUUUGUUUUGUUUUGUUUUGUUUUGUUUUGUUUUGUUUUGUUUUUAAAUGGAGGAGCAUUCAGUCAUGCAAAUCCCCAUCUAAAGCCUGCCAUAAAACAACUCAGACACAAGGCCUCAAAAAGUCUGGUGGUUUUGCAUUUACUUCUUUGAAGUAGUUUUAAGCCUGCCCAUUCAUAUCCCUGUCUCUUGGGGAGAUGGUAAAAUAACAUACUGUAUGUUAAAGAUCAAUACUCGGAACCCUCUGGAAUAAUUUUAAAUAUCAUUUAAAGGGGGUUGCAUUUAGAUGCUACUUAAUGAUAAGCGUGAAUAAGCUACCACACCCUCACCAAAGAUGAGUGAAUUGCUGUGGACAGAUUCAGUAUUAAACAAAGUACCAGAUACUGGAACAUCACAAUAUUGUCUUGCAUAAGAGCUGACGUCCCCUUCUCUUCAUUGCAUACC